UAGCAACAAUAAUUAAACUGAAUUAAACAUUGUCUUCAAAACUUGAUUUCAAAUAAAGUUAUUAAACUUAACUUACUCCAUUUUUAUAAUUAUCAGUUUUUGAAUUUUGUAAUUACACAUAAAAAGUUUGAAUUUUCAAGGAUGUCAAAGGGUAAAAAAAAAUCGAAUAUUACCAGGAUGAUACAAUUGCCAAAUGAAAAGAUAAAACCGAUAAAAGACCAGGAUACUUUCACUACUUCUUAUAAAGUUGCUAUAUGGGUUUCCGUUUAUAACAUUAUUACAACUCUGUUGUUACCAUUUACGGUACGUGGUCGAGUUGGUGGUCAAUAUGGUGUGGUGGUCCACCCCGAAAAACAAUCUGAUACCGGAGAGUUGGUUUAUUACGAAUUACUAAAUUUAACAGAUAUGUCUGUCGGACUUGAGGUGUUUCUCAUCGGCCUGCUCUUUCUUGCGAAUUUAUUAGGUUUUAUUAGUGUGAUUAAGAAAUCGCUUACAGGUUUAGAACUUUAUAUGUUUUACACCCUCGGCGAGUUGAUCGUAUGUCUUCAUUGGCUUGUAAGUGUAUCACACGACGAUAUCAAGUCUCAUGUCAUGUCACAAUUUGUAUUGAGAUGGUAUUGCUCCUUUGCUCUCGUUAUAGACUUCGUGUGUUCUACCGCAGUAAUUGUGUUGUUUGUAAAGGUCCGAAGAAACGGAAGGAUACGAAAAAAAGUUGUGAAAUGUUCACAGUAGAUUAUUGAGAUAAUAGGUGAUAAUAGCGAAAGGGACGGAAAAAACAACAAGUGUCAGAAA